AUGCCGAAGUUUCAUGUUGGUGGGAAAGUAGUAGAAGGGAUUGACUUGCUGAAGAGGAGACACUGGACCUUGCGCCUGGAUGCGUGGCCAUUUGCCAUCCUCUAUGUUGCUUGGCUAUUCACAGUGGUUCCAAGUAUAGAUAUUACUGACGCUAUUAUUGUUCUCGGUGGACUUCUGGUUUCUCAUAUUCUGGUGCUGCUUUUUACUGCUUGGUCAGUGGAUUUCAGGUGUUUUGUCCAGUUCAAUAAGGUACAAUCAUGACCCUUGUUUCAGGAUUAUUGUUCAUCAAAUUAAGUAUGGCUAAUUGACAGUUGGUGUCGGGUAUAUUAUAAGAUAUCUCCUCUGUAAAUACCACACUGUGUUGCUCAUUGCACUUUUCUUUGCUGUAAAAGUUACAUUUUCACCUGCUAUUCAUAAGGGUUUAAUGAGAUUCGGGCCUCAUGAGUAAUUUAUUCAGGCUUUUAGAAUAGUGAAAAUCAUAAAAGUCAAAGCCGUCUGGUUAGUUAGGAUUUUAUUUGGAGUCAUUACCAUGGGAUCCAUGAAACUGAAUUUUCGUAUGUUGUUUUUUUCGUAGGCUGACUAAGGCACAAAUUUUACUUUGAUUACUGUUUCAAUGCUAGGUUGAAGCUGUCCACCUUGCAGAUGCGUGCAAAGUAACCCCUGCUAAAUUUUCUGGUUCUAAGGAAAUAGUUCCACUCCUCUUUCGUAAGCCUGUAAGUGCUAUUUUUCCCUAUUAUGCGACAAGUUUUCUUCAGAUUUUAUACGAUUUACAUAAAUGACCAGUGACACAAUCUAGAUCCAAGUGGUGAUUUUGUAAGUCAAAUAUAUACGCUAGAAAGUUUCAGUUAUGCUUCAUAUGGAGACCGAAGUCAAACUUACAUGAAUCUUGACUGGUAGAAAAAAAAUUAUGCUUGGAAUUUCAACAUACACAUUAAACAUUUUGCUCCAAAAGUUUAUCGUUCUUUGUAACAUCCAAGUGUCAGUGAAUCACAUUUGAUCUCACUUUGUGGUUCGGAUAUCUGCAAGGUGCUUGAGGCCUUAUUUAUGUUAAAGAUGGCACCUUUACCUUUUGUGAACAAACUAUUUGACUAUGAAUCUCAAAAAACUUUGCUAAAUUAUGUACUCAUCUUAAAAGGAAUUUGAGGUUCAGAAUUUGUGCUAUGCAAUUCAUUUAUAAUGCAACUGAGUGAUGUAUAACCAUGAGUCCCAAGGCAGGAUGCAGAAGCCAUAGUACGAGAUGCUAAAGUGUCUAAAUAAAUAUUUUUGAUGGGGUGACUCUAAUAAGCCUUGAGUGUGGAUGAUGAAUAUCAUUAGAUUUUAUUUAUUAAAUAGUUAAUAAAGAGUUGGAUUCGCUGAUACUAUUCAUUCCGAAUUUAAAUCUGUAAAUACAUAAGUAAUACAUCGACCUGGAGUUGUACUUUGUGUAAUAAUCUAGUGUUGUACACCUGUAUUGUGAUGGACAUCUUGUAAUAUGGUUUCCAUUCACUUCCUGAACUUUCAAUCACAAUUUGUGUGCUGAAAAGAGCAUUCUAGAGUGUAACUUUAUCAAUGACUAGAACUACUAUCAUAAGGUUGUACGUACUUUGCUGACAUAGAUAAGUACUGGCGGACAUACAGGCCAGACAUGGAAAUUAUUAAAAAAAAUACUCCAUGCAGAGGAAGGAUAUGCACAUAUUUACUGGUACAUGUAAGAAUGAAAUCAUUAAAGUUCGUCACAGGUUAUUGGAUAGUUGAGUAUGGGUAUUUUCAAAGCGCUGAAAUCUCAUUUUAACGGCUAAAUUGAGUGUAUUAAUAGCGACUGAAAUAAUAAGAUGCAACUUUAUUAUAUCCUCUGAUUUUUCUUCAUUUUCGCGAGAUAGAUAAAUAUACGUUCCUUAUGAAUUAGAAAUUGUAUUCUAAAAACUGUUUAGUUUGCUUUUCCCAGACCUGAUGCAAAGUUCUUAUACACAGAAUAGCAACCUUGUUCCCCGUUCUGUUGUGUAGCUUGUAUCUCUCUUGUAUUUAGUAGAUGAGCUUUUCUUUUUCGGGUCCUUUUUUGUCUAGUUGGCAGGUUCUUCGGCAGGGGAUGGAGAAGAAAUUUAUUUUGACUUCAGAAAGCAGCACUUCAUUUUUUCAAAGGAAGGAGUUUUUUGUAAACUCCCUUACCCUACGAAAGAGACAUUUGGGUAUUAUCUGAGGAACACUGGACAUGGAUCUGAAGCCAAAGUUACUGCUGCAGCUGAGAAAUGGGGAAGAAAUGCGUAAGUGUUCUCAUUCUCGUCAAUCAGACUAUGAAUCCGUUCAUCUUUAUAGUAAUAAAUUAUAUGGCGCUAGUAGUGGUCUCUCUUGUAUGGAAGUGCUCUGCACAUGUAUACCUUUAAUGUUUUAUUUCUAGAGGCAUUAAAAGAAUCACAGGUUAAAUUAGAAGUUAUAAAUCAUGCCGUGCAUUGCAGUUCUUUCUUUUGAUCUAAGUUAAUAGUUAAUGCUAAUGUUCCAUUCCACAGUAAUAAAAACACAUGAUUCAUUACACUUAGGAAAAGUAGACCAUGCAUACUUGGCUAAUCAAACUGUUAUGCCCCUAAUCCGUUCAUAUUUGAGUGCCUCAGAUGCUUUGAGUGCUAUUUCAUUGUGAGUAUUAUGUUUUCCCAUGAAUCGAUGUAUUUCAAUAUUCUUGGGGCAUUCGCAAAAUAUUGUUGUACUGUAAUUAUUGUGACUAUUAUCUUUUUAUCAAGAGUGAAGGUUCUGGAAUAAGAUGUAUUUCAAUAUGCGUGCAAUGCCAUUUCAUGUUGUUGACGAAGGAUUUGAUCAACCAUGGUUGUAGUUAUUUUUCACUAGCAAUGAUUUAAGAAGUACGUACUUUGAGAUGCUUAUAAUGUAAUUUCCGUGUAUCCAUAAACUUUUUAUUCCUGCGUUUGAGUUAUCAAUUUUUUUCAUUUAUGGAUUCGGCAACUUAGAUGUCAUAUUGACGAAUAUGUGGUUACCUCCAACAUGAUAAACUUGUUUUAUCAAUUCAUGAAUUGGACAUCAUCCUAUGUCAUAGAGUUUUCAUCUUAUCUCUGCUUACGUGCAAGGGUGAGCUAGGAUUUUUGGCACUUUCUUUUUGAGAGGUGUUGUAGGAUCUGGAUCAAUACAUGGAAGUGUCAACUCAAUUCUUUUCUUCUUCCAUUCUACAUAGGUUCGAAUACCCAAAACCAACAUUUCAGAAAUUGAUGAAAGAGCAGUGUAUGGAGCCAUUCUUUGUCUUCCAGGUUAAUCACAUUACUAGUAUCUGUGCUGCCAUUAUCUUCCGUCUUCAAAGUUCUGUAGUGUUUGACACUGAUCUGCAUGUUCAGGUUUUCUGUGUGGGGCUUUGGUGUAUGGAUGAAUACUGGUACUACAGUCUGUUCACGCUUUUCAUGUUAUUCCUGUUUGAAUCAACAAUGGCAAAGAGUAGAUUAAAGACUCUUACAGAGCUGAGGCGUGUAAGUGUGGAUUCUCAGACACUGAUGGUCCAUCGCUGUGGGAAGUACGUCUAGACACUGAUCACAAUCUUGUGGCCUUUGUCCAAGGGUUCAGUAGGUAAUCAUAUUGUAUUUCUUGCCUGUAGGUGGGUGAAAGUUUCUGGAACUGAUCUUCUUCCUGGAGAUGUGGUUUCAAUCGGCCGCUACUCUGGCCAGAAUGGGGAUGAGAAGACAGUUCCUGCAGACAUGUUAAUCUUAGCUGGAAAUGCUAUUGUAAAUGAAGCCAUUCUCACGGGCGAGUCUACUCCUCAGUGGAAGGUGGUCUUGUAUUGCUUGUUAUAUACACUUUUGUGCUAAGUAUUUUAGCAAUUUCUUUUUUUGAAAGUUCUAAUCAAAGUCAUGCUUUCCUAGAAUUUGCCAAAAAAUGCUUUUCUAGUUAUUGGCUAAUUUAACUAAGAAUGGUUGCAAUUUAUUUCGUUCAAACUUCUUCUCGUCGUUGGAUGAAACUUCUGGCUGAUGGUCUAGGUUCACAAUGAGGUCUUGUUUGGCUUUUUUCCUGCUCGAUCCUUGCUGUUAACAAAACGUACAUAGUAGUUAUGUAUCAUGCAUCACGUUCAUUUACUCGGAGUGUGAUGCAUGUUGAAGGAAAUCCUUUUUUCUAUGAUUUCUUUUUCCGAAAGAAAAUUUAAGAAAAACGGAGAAGUAUAUAUAUGUAUGUGUGUGAACUCUGACUAUAUUUUAUCCUACUUCAAGAUGGUAUAUGACGACAUCUGCAUCAUAAAUUCUCGUUUCUUUGGCAAGUAUUCUGUUAACACCCUUCUAUAUCCUUACCUCUUCCUCGGUUGAUUGUGAAAUGAAUAAACCUUCUUCUUGGGUCAUGGUGUAAGUUAAAAACAUUCAUUAUCUUAUGCACAUGGGAAGUAAAGCAAAAAAUGCCCGAUCUUUUUGAAGAAUUCAACCAAGAAUUUGUUUGCCUAUUAUUCUGCCACCGUUUGAGUACUAGUUCUAUACCGCAGUAGCUGAUGGGAAGAUAUCAAUCAUAUAUUUCAUUGCUUGCCACUUAUCUGGGAACGAUUCUUUUGCUUAACGUGAUUGUUACGUAUUUGCUUGACCAUGGACUCAACAUUAGCUUCUUAUUCUCCAAUCUCUUUUGUUGGAGACUGUGGCAGAAAUAUUUUUGUUGUGGACAAGGUUGUUUUGUGCUGAAUAAUAUUUGGAACUUUCGCUGGUUUCAUUGGAUUUAUCAUUAUAAUUUGCGUCGUUGAAUUUUUCAUGUAAGUUUGUCAUUAGGAUGACCGCAUUAUUGUAAUGCUUUUUUUUAGGAAGCGUUCCUUUUAUUCGGAGUGUGUAAUUAUACUAACAAUAAACUCUUAUCAUUCUGAUACAUUGUUAUUAAUAGCAACUUGCGAAUUAUUUCCUCUAAAGCUCAGAUGACUCCUCACUAGGUUUCAAUUAAGGGCCGGGGAGUCGAGGAGAAAUUAUCUGCGAGACGAGAUAAAACUCAUGUUCUAUUUGGAGGGACCAAAAUAUUACAGCACACUCCAGAUAAGGUAGUUCGCUUGUUUCACUUUUAUUUUCUGCAGCAGAUUAAGUCUCACUUCUUUUCUUUUUCCUUUUGGCUUCAGUUGGGACAUAUUAAGACACCUGACGGAGGAUGCCUGGCUGUUGUGUUACGCACUGGAUUCGAAACAAGCCAAGGAAAACUGAUGCGUACAAUCCUGUUUUCUACAGAAAGAGUGUGUGUCCACUGAAAGGCUAUAGUCCUGCUUGCUUUGUUGAUAGGAUUUCCGCUAAGUCUCAAUUACCAUUUCAGGUUACUGCAAAUAGUUGGGAAAGUGGGCUAUUUAUUCUUUUCUUGGUCGUGUUUGCCAUAAUUGCUGCUGGUUAUGUGCUUAAAAAGGUACUAAAUUAGAUAGUCAUCAGCAGUGGUCAUCAGAUUGAGAGGAUGAAGUUUGGAUAACCACUAAAUUGGAUGUCUGCAGGGACUGGAAGAUCCAACAAGGAGUAGAUACAAACUUUUCUUAAGCUGUUCGUUGAUCAUCACUUCUGUAAUCCCCCCUGAAUUACCAAUGGAGCUGUCAAUUGCUGUUAAUACAUCUUUAAUUGCACUAGCUCGUCGUGGAAUAUUCUGCACAGAACCUUUUCGAAUACCGUUCGCUGGGAAGGUUGGUUGAUGGUUUAGAGAAAAAUGAUGGGCUUAUCUUAGUUUCAUGCUGCAUUGUUGUGCUGUUCUGUCUGAACUGUUGAGUCAUUGCAUUUAUCCAGGUUGACAUUUGCUGCUUUGACAAAACAGGAACUCUCACAUCUGAUGAUAUGGUAUGGCAUUCAAUAGAAUUUGAAAUGAGUUCUGCCUUCAAAUUCUGAAUUUUUAUUUUGUGCUGUGUUUCAGGAGUUUAGAGGAGUUUCUGGUUUCAAAGAUAGUGAAAGUUUAGAGACAGAUAUGAGCAGUGUCCCUUCACGCACUAUAGAAGUUCUUGCUUCUUGCCAUGCUUUGGUCUUUGUGGACAAUAAACUGGUAUGCUAUUAUAAUUACGAAAAACACUGGCGUGCAUAUUUCUCUUUUCCAUAUGAAUAAGUUCAAGAAUUCUUCCCGUAAUUAUAAUGAUACGGUUUUUUCCUAUUAUCUGUUCUCUUUCUUGGUUUCAGGUUGGUGAUCCUCUUGAAAAGGCUGCACUUAAAGGGAUAGACUGGGUUUACACAUCUGAUGAGAAGGCCAUGCCCAAAAAGUAGGUUUACGGCAUUUCUCCUGUAAACUUAUGUUGAUAUGCGUAGCCAUUGUUAAUCAUUAUAAUUAAAAUAUAUUUAUGGCAUGAUCUUCUCAUUAUUUACGACCUGAUCUUCUCGUUAAAAUGCCACCUGUGUUUCAUUGCUUAAUCUUUUGACCCCGGGAUAACAAUGUCUUUGUUGCAGUCUUCAUAAUGGUUAGGUUUCUUUUGGCCCAGUCUUUUAUAAGCUGACUACGGCCUUAGCUGUAUCAAUUCUUAGGAAUAAAGUAGCUGCUUGAAUCUUUCCUGUCUUUCAUGUGCUGUAAGGUCUACUCUUAUCAAUGAUAGUAUUUUACGGAUAAAAUAGCUUCAAAAUCAUUCCUGUAGUCAUUUUACUAUAAUUAGACUGCCUCUAGUAACUAAGUACCAGGUUUUUCCAAUUUAGCUGCUUCACUUGUAUCUUCCAAAUUGUAUUAGAAGAAAUCUUUGAGUUGUUUUUUGUGUUUAUCCUCAAGCUUUGCCAGGGUUUCAGUGCAUUUGGUUUUCUUAUGACUUCGCGAUUGAAGGUCAUCUGCUUGUUCUCUGUGAUUUAAUUUCCAUCUUUAAUACAGCAGGCCAGGUAGUCAUUCUGUGCAGAUCGUCCAGAGGCACCACUUUGCGUCACACUUAAAGAGAAUGGCUGUUAUUGUGCGUAUUCAGGAAGGAUUCUUUGCCUUUGUCAAGGUAUGGUGAUUGCAUAAAAGUUUUGAUAGUACUUACCGAAACUUGUCCUCACUUUCGUUUCAUUUUCAUAUAUAUUCUUUUGUCCCCUAUGUUUUAUAGAUUUUUCUUUCUGGAAGUUCUUUAUAUCAUUUAUUAUACCUCUUUUCUUUUUUUUGUGUAUACUUAGUAUUUUCUGCGUCAGUCUCGAAGAAAAGGGAUUGUUUAUGUACCUCUGCUGUUCAACAAGUUGAUCGUGGGAGUCUUCAUGGAUACCAUGCUUUCUUUUUGGUGGACGUUUUUCUUCUUUAACAGUGGCGCUUCAAUUCUCUUAUCAGUCUCAAUAUUGAUUUAGCAUUUGUUCAGAUUGUUCAUUCGUCUCCUUUCAAGCUUAUGUGAACCUUUCAUACAGGAGUUACAUGAGAUCAAAGAAAUUCUUUUUGUGGUCAACUUUAUAAAGAAUAACCUGCUUAUCAUGUCAUAAUCGUUGUGCACGAGUCUCUAUUUCGUUUGUGAUAACUUAUUUUCUUCUAUCUUAAUGGGCAGGGAGCGCCUGAAACUAUUCAAGAGAGGCUUACUGAUUUGCCACCUUUCUAUGUGGAAACAUACAAGAAAUAUACACGACAGGGGUCUCGAGUGCUGGCUCUUGCUUACAAGGCUCUGCCAGAAAUGGCUGUAAGAGUGCUUCCAUGCAUUGAUUGCCUUGAAAGCUUGCUAUUUAUUAUUCUUUUUGGCAUAUUUUGUUUGCUGAAAUGGUCCUACAGAAGUGGCUUCACAGAAAGCACAUUUUCCUGAAUUCACUUUCUCAAGUAUGCUCAAAACAUUCAUUGCAAGUAUUUGUGGCAUGAGGUUUGAUGAACUCUUAGUGGUUAACUCUUUAUAAUCCAUGAUUACAAAAGUCGAAAUUUACAAGAGCAAUAUUGGUAGAUUCAGUACAGACGCCCCAUAAAAAAUUGAGUUAAUAGGACCUGCACAACAAAAAUAACCCAUAGUUCACCUUGUGUGAAGCCUGGAUACGAAAAUCUAGGCACAUAUCCUGAUGAAUGUGGUGGAAUUAUUACAGACUGUGGCUAUAACUUUGUUUCUCACAGGCCAUGCUGGGGGAGAAAGCUCACUGGCCCACUUUGUUGGUUUUUCCUUUUGAUUAACCUUCCUAUAAUUCUCGUGCCUCAAACAGGCGAACAUGGUUACAAGGAGGAUCAUUCACCUCACUGUUUGAUUUUUCUUCCUCCUAUUCCAAUUCAAAGCAGACUUAUCUACCUCCAUUUUGCAACCCUGAUUGCGUUCAAUGCUGUAUAUCUUAACGAUCCUUUAUAGCAUACAAGCCAUGACAUCACAUAAUUGUUGCAAGGAAACCUCAUCACAAAUUUUGGAUCCUGAUGCUCAUUUUAAUAUAGAUCAGGCUCAUUCCCGACAUAAUUGCCAGAUAUGGCGUACUUAGGAAUGUAUUACUUUUGAGUGUAUGAAUAUGCUCGUUAUUUGCCAUCAAUUUACCUUGUCUGGCUAUGCUUGGAUAACGCAUGGCGAAUCUGACAUUAAUUUAUCAUCCACAGGUUUAUUCAUUUUUCGUUAUCUAGUAUUGUAUGUUAGAUAAUACCUGUGUAAUUUCAUCUAAACAGGUAAGUGAAGCUAGAAGUUUGGAGAGAGAUUCUGUGGAAAGUGGUCUGUCUUUUGCUGGAUUUGCAGUAAGUGGACUUCAACUCGCCAAAUCAAGCUUUUGAUGGCCUAUAUCUUGCUUGCUUUCCAUAUCCUCACCAGUUCCCCCAAAUAAAUGCUUGCCUUGUCUUUACUUCGGUGCCUGAGCUGUUCCAUUGGUAGAAUUGAAUUUUCUAUCAAGCUGAUUCUUUGAGCUAUGACUCUGCUGUGUUUUUCAGGUCUUUAACUGCCCUAUCAGACCAGAUUCCGGGUCUGUUUUGGCUGAAUUGAAAGGAUCGUCACAUGAUUUGGUGGGUAACUUUUCUCAAGUUUUCUCAAGCUUUGUUUUUGGUGUCUGCUUAUUUAGCAAAUGCUUAAAGUUUUCCGCGCCAUGCUAUGUAACCAUGGAAUGCAGUAGUCGGGAAAUUUAUCAUUUAAUGGCUCCUUGUAUGGAAACUCAAAAAGUUCAAGCAUGUUUACAUAUACGGACAAGUCCAACCAAUGCAUUAUUUUGAAAAACCCGAUUGAAUCGGGACAAUUUGUUGAAGAAAGUUGAAAACAUGGCCCUUUGGCUUCGUAUUUAUCCUUCCCUUAUCUCUAGCCUUAUCACCUUUUUAAUGACUAGAACUUAACUAUCAGCACUAGAAGCCUAAGAUGUUCGACUGAAGAUUUCUUUUUAAAAAUAUUAUUUGAUGUGGUGGCUCUUUGGGGCGGUGGUAUGUAGAAUAAGUUGAAUUGGUGAUUCUGCCACUAUGUAUUCAAUGUGACCUGAAUCAUCUUAUUUCCAGUGGGUUUCUAGCUCUGGCUUCAUGCGACAUAGUUUUGUAAUCAUAUGACAGAUGCCAAAACAUUUAGUCCAUAAAAUAUAGAUGUACGACAGUUAGAAAAUGAACAAGUCAAAAAUAUACAAGAACUACAUUCUGAAGACGGGGGUCAAUAGUAUAAGACGCGAUAUCACAUUUUUAGGCAUUCAAUGGAAGUUCCACUCAACUAAUUCUUGGGAUGGUCUCUAUUGUCAUAUUAUGUCUUUGUUUAUUUUUCUAACUUUUCUGUGAUGACACUGUUGCCCUUUUGUUGAAUUCGUUGGUCCUCCUAGGAAAGACUGUUUCAUAAAUCGUCGAAUUCUAUUUAUUAUCAUUUUUACCUGGUGAAAUUAUUGUAUGUAUCUUUUUUAGUUAUAUUCGACGGCAAAGUAUACGUUUAAGAUGGUUCUUGACUGCAGGUGAUGAUUACUGGUGAUCAAGCCCUGACAGCAUGCUAUGUUGCUAGUCAAGUUCAUAUCAUUUCAAAGCCUGCAUUGAUCCUUGUUCCAACAAAAACUAGAGGGUCUUUUGAGUGGAAUUCACCCGAUGAAACUGAAAAGAUUCCUUACAGGUACAUCCAUCAAUUUUAGAAUGACAUUUCCAUAUAUAGGGUAUCUCACCAUUUCAUGAAAUAAACUUCACUGUUGUUGCCUUUUUUGUGCUGCAUCGAAGCACUUUUAGUGGAUAACACCUAUAUUACUUUGAUCAUUUAACACCUGAGUUUGUGUGUAUGCAGUGACAAAGAAGUGGACGUCCUUUCAGAUUCGCAUGAUCUUUGCAUUGGUGGUGAUUGCUUUGAAAUGUUGCAGAUGACUAAUGCUGUUCUUCAGGUUAUUCCUUAUGUCAAGGUAAUUCUAUAGUGGUAUCGAUAGUUAUUUCAGGAUGCUGCUCUUUGUAUUUGGUUCAUCUCGUUGAAGAUCCCAAUAACUAUGGCUUCAGGUAUUUGCCCGGGUUGCUCCCGAGCAAAAGGAGCUCAUCUUGACUACUUUGAAAGCAGUGGGAAGGAUGACAUUGAUGUGUGGAGAUGGAACAAAUGAUGUUGGCGCUCUAAAGCAGGUAUUAUUUCUUACCCCCUUGUUGCUACAAUCACUCUCCGGUAGUUUUCCUUGCGUUGUUCAAGUUGACAGACGGGUUUGGAAUGAUAUGUACUUGUUUCCUCAGGCCCAUGUCGGUGUUGCUCUCCUGAAUGCUGUACCCCCUGCUAAAUCAGGCGAGUCGUCCUCAGUGUCCAAGACUGAUAAAAAAUCCGGAAAAACAAAGAAGCCAAAGACUCCAGCAGCUGAAGCUUCAAGUUCAAAUGGGUUGCCCAGCAACUCAGCUCCAGCAAGUUCCCGCCAUCUUACUCCAGCUGAGAAACAGCGUCAAAAGCUUCAAAAGAUGUUAGAUGAGUUGAAUGAAGACGGUGAUGGCCGGGCGCCGCCCAUUGUCAAGCUCGGUGAUGCCUCCAUGGCCUCUCCAUUCACAGCAAAGCAUGCGUCUGUAAUGCCGACAGUCGACAUCAUCCGCCAGGGCAGGAGCACCCUUGUCACCACUCUCCAGAUGUUCAAGAUCCUUGGCCUCAACUGCCUUGCAACAGCCUAUGUUCUGAGUGUCAUGUACUUGGAUGGCGUCAAGCUUGGGGACAUCCAGGCGACCAUAAGUGGAGUAUUCACGGCGGCCUUCUUCCUCUUCAUUUCCCAUGCACGGCCACUUGAGACCCUUUCGGCUUCCCGGCCCCACCCACAUAUCUUCUGCUCCUAUGUCUUCCUCUCCCUCCUUGGCCAGUUUGCAAUGCACUUGCUGUUUCUGAUUUCAGCCGUCAAUGAAGCUGGAAAAUUCAUGCCAGAGGAGUGCAUCGAACCAGACUCUGAGUUCCACCCGAACCUGGUAAACACUGUGUCCUACAUGGUGAACAUGAUGAUCCAGGUGGCCACCUUUGCUGUGAACUACAUGGGCCACCCCUUCAACCAGAGCAUAUCAGAGAACAAGCCCUUCAAGAUUGCCUUGUUUUCUGCUGUGGUCUUCUUCACGGUGAUCACCUCAGACAUUUUCAGGGAUCUGAAUGACUGGCUGAAGCUGGUGCCACUGCCAGAGGGGAUGCGGGACAAGCUGCUUCUGUGGGCAACUCUCAUGUUUCUAGGGUGCUAUGCUUGGGAGAGUUUGUUGAGAUGGGCAUUCCCUGGUCGAAUGCCUGCAUGGAAGAGGAGGCAAAGAAAGGUUGAUGAUCAACAGAAGAAGGAAUUAUAA